AAACUAGAAACAACCACAAACACAAACUUGAAAUCAAUUCUCACUUUGAGUACAUACAAAAAAAAUCGUUUCUGAUUCAAAGCUUUUUAAAAGGAUACAUUUAUAAUGAACGGGGCAUCGUGGGCUGACCAGUGGGACAACAGCGGCACCACCGUCGUCAGAAGCGGUGGAGGUGGAACUGUGUCGAACUCAAACACGGCUAAGUACAAGGAGAAAUUUGGACAUGGAGUAGACAAGACAAAAGCUGUGGCUUCUUCGGGUUUUAAAAAGCUCAAGGCUGGUUCUGCCGUUGGUUUUCGUUGGGUCAAGGACAAGUAUCACAAAACCACAAACAAACAUUGAAACAUUAAACAUUUUCAGUCUCCUUGUAUAUUUUGAAAUUAUUCACUUGGUUUUCUUCUGAUCAAAUAUUUUGUUUGAUGUAUUUUAUUUUAGCUUGUUUGAUUUGAAUGUUUUGAGUUAUGUGGUAGAUUGUAUAAUUUUUUUUGUAUUCAUUUGAUUAAAUUGAUAUUUUUUUGUUCUUGUU